GGAGCGCAGAGGAGGCGUGUGCCUGGGCGAGUGGGUAUCGCAGGCGCAAAGCUGUGCAAGGCGGAGGAGAUGGAAGUCGUCUCGACCCCCCGUCCGUCGUUUGCGAAUUAAUUCCCUGCCAAGUCGGCUGCCUAUCUUGCUCCCCCGCCGCCCUUUAAUCGCCCGCGUCUCCUCUUCUCCCUCUAACUUUCGCCCCUGCGCACUCCCGACGCGCGCACCCAGCCAUGGUCAACAUCACCUACACCGCCGCAUCCAGCGACCUCGAGUGGUAUGAUCCCUCCACGGGCGAAACCUACAUCUACAACCUCGGCGACAUCGCGUGGGUGCUCGCCUCCACCGCACUCGUGUGGCUCAUGAUCCCCGGCGUCGGGUUCUUCUACUCGGGCCUCCUCCGCCGCAAGAAUGCGCUGUCCAUGAUUUGGAUGUCCAUGAUGACACUAGCCAUGGUGUCUUUCCAGUGGUUCUUCUGGGGAUUCUCGCUAGCAUUCAGUGACACCGCGACGAAUCACUACAUUGGCAACCUCCAAUACUUUGGCCUCAAGGGCGUGCUCGAGAAGCCCUCCGUGGGCAGCACCCGCAUCCCCUCAAUAGCAUUCUGCGUCUUCCAGCUCAUGUUCGCCGCCAUCACGCCGAUGCUCGCCCUCGGCGCCUUCGCCGACCGCGCCCGCCUCGGCCCCCUCCUCAUCUUCGUCUUCGUCUGGUCCACCAUCGUCUACGACCCCAUCGCCUGCUGGACCUGGAACGCCUCGGGCUGGUCCUACCUCCUCGGCGGGCUCGACUUUGCCGGGGGCACCCCCGUGCACAUCUCCUCGGGCACCGCCGCGCUCGCCAUCUCCAUCUACCUCGGCAAGCGCCGCGGGUACGGCACGGAGCGCCUCGCGUACAAGCCGCACAACACGAGCUACGUCGUGCUCGGCACGGUGUUCCUGUGGUUCGGGUGGUUCGGGUUCAACGGCGGCUCGGCGCUGAGCGCGAACUUGAGGGCGGUGCAGGCGUGUAUCGUUACGAAUCUGGCGGCGAGCGUCGGUGGGAUUACGUGGAUGCUCUGGGAUUAUCGGCUGGAACGCAAGUGGUCCACGGUGGGCUUCUGCUCUGGCGCGAUCGCCGGACUCGUCGCUAUCACACCCGGCUCCGGCUUCGUCGGCUCGCCCGCGGCCGUGCUAUUCGGCUUCAUGGCCGGCACCGUCUGCAACUUUGCCACGCAGCUCAAGUUCUACUUUGGCUACGACGACUGCCUCGACAUAUUCGCGUCGCACGCGAUCGGGGGGGUGGUGGGGAAUGUGCUGACGGGGCUGUUCGCGCAGGCGAGCGUGGCGGGGUUUGACGGGGUGACGGACAUCCCGGGCGGGUGGCUCGACCAUCAUUAUAUCCAGCUCGGGUACCAGCUCGCGGACUCCGUCUCGGGGAUGAGCUACUCGUUCGUCAUGACCACGGUGAUACUGUGGAUCAUGCAUUUCAUACCGGGCUGCCGGUUCCGGUGCUCGGAGGAGGCGGAGAUCGUGGGGAUCGACGAUACGGAGAUGGGGGAGUUUGCGUAUGAUUAUGUGGGGCUGGAUUAUGCGAAUGCCCCCCGUGAGCGUGAGCAUGAGCACGAUGAGGUGAGGACGGUGGAUGGGGUGGUGGCGCCCGGUGGGGGACGGGAGGUCGCGCAGCGUAAAUGUGCGCAGGCGGCGGUGGAUGUGAGGGAGAGGGGACACAAUGAGGAGGAGGGGAGGCCGGGGAGUUUGGGCGCGAGUACGGUGGAUGGGGGGGAGAGCGAGAAGCGGGGGGAGAGUGCGUAGUGCGUAGUGCGUGGUUGUGAUUAGGGGAAGGAAGGAAAAAUGUGAAGUAUAUUAUUGUUAUUAGGCGAAGGGGAUGUCGCCCGUGUCGUUCGUUUCUCUUGCAUAUCGUGAUGGUGUUUGUG